CAUUACUUGACCUAAACAAUACAUAAAUGGAGUUACUGGAUAUAACCGAGGACACCUCAGAUUCCUACUUUUCGGAUGGGAUACGAAAGGUUUACUAUGUAUUGGUCAUUUCCAGAAUCAGCGCUUAUGAAAAUCACAAAAUAUUGACACUGUAUAUAAGAAAUUUGCAAACAUCCGGGUUACAAUUUGAGCAGUCUUAUGGUAUCACUGAGCCUGUUGUGUUUGUAAAAGUCCACAUACCGGAGGAGACCUUAAAUUUCAUCAGUGUCAAGUUCCCACAUUGGAGGGCCACCAUGGUUAUUUUAGGUGAAAGAAGGGUUUCCAGACGUUGGAAGUUUUUAAGGAAGUUUUCAACCCCUUUGGAUAAAAGGAAUUCAUUGGCGGGAGAAGACAUUUGCGGAAGAAUAUAUUUUAUUAACGAAAUCUUGAAACACACCAGAUUCGGCGAUAGAAACGAAGAUCGGGGAAUAAACAAACUGAUAGAUAAGAAAAUUAUCACCAAAGCAUACCCACUGCACGAUGGUCGCAUUCAACAUGAGCUGAUGUAUUAUGAUUCCUUGUUGAAUGAUCGCACAUUGCUUGUGAAAUAUUGGGCCACCUUUAAAAUGUUUUAUAAGAAUCAACCCCUCGACAUGAUUAAGAAGUACUUUGGACUUGAAAUAGCUUUUUAUUUUGCCUGGCUUGGGUUCUAUCAGAAAUACCUUCUUCCAAUGGUCAUUGUUUCCUUAAUCUUUGUUAUAUAUAAUAUAUUAAGAUUCUUAUCAGGCUCUAGUGUAAUAUUCCAAAACUGUCGAGACAGCGAUUAUGAAUUAUGUGGAUACUGUCUUAAUGAAAAGAAGACCUGUUACACAAGUAAAGUGAAUGAGUACUGCAUGAACCUCAGUAUAACAGUGCUAAUGGAAAAUGAGUCGUACUUUUAUGCAAUGGUGAUGUCUGUGUGGGCGGGACUAGUGGCAACUCAAUGGAAGAGGUACGAAGCUAAGCUCCGAAAGCGUUGGAAUUUGACGGAUGUGGAGCACCAAUUGGACGAACGUUUCCAAUAUCGCAAACACCAAAGGAACCGCCGAAAGUCGUUUCUAACUGGCCGAAUGGAAGCGUACACCCCCACUUUGGAGAAGUUCACCAUACUAACCAUAACAUAUUCAGUUAUAACACUAGUCGGUUGUCUUUUAACCUUCCUCUUGUUUGUGAAUAUUAGUUUGACCAACGAACUGAAAUUAACCUUCCUCAAACAACUUAAUACAAGUGGAUUUGGCAUCGAGGUGGGCUUUGAUAGUUUGACAAUAAUUGUGCAGUUCAUUAUUGUUAGAAUAGCUUGGACAUGGUUAACUAAGUUAUGCUCUUUAAUAGUUGAGUUACAACAGCAUAAGUAUCAGCAAGAGCACGACAAGAGCUUUCUCUUUUUGCGAUACAGUUGCGCCUUUAUGAACCAGUACCAGAUAUUCUUUUACAUUGCCUUCUUCAAAGGUUCAUUAUAUAACAUACCAUACACCGAUAUGUAUCGCAAUAAUUUAAUGUACGAAAAAUGUCCAGUUAGCUCCUGCAUGGACAUUUUGUUGGUGGUCGUCAAUCUUGUUGCCAUCUUAUUUGCAAUCAGCAAAUUCAUCGACUACUUCAAAAGUAAAAAGAAGAAGACGACCAGAAGCCACUUCGUUUUGCCUCAACAUGAAAGGGAAUACAAGCUGGAACAGAUCAAGCUUUGGCACCUGCAGGUGGAGUUUAUACAGAACAUGGUGCUUCACGGGUUCCUAGUGUUCUUCGCCACUGGCAACUUCUUCGGAGCUAUAUUCGCUAUGUACAUCACGAUAUCCAGGCUGCGUUUGGACGCGUUUAACUUCCUGCACAAUUUCCAAAGACCUAUACCCAAAAUUGUCUACAACGUGAAUCCUUGGAAUAAUGUACUGAUGUUCAUAACUCUAGCUAGCAUGUUAUUCAACGCGUUGGUCUCCAUGUUCACAUCCGAAGCCAUCGACAUGCAGUACUACUACCACACCCACGGAAUGUUGGAUAAUUAUCUGGCGGAUAGGAUGUCAAAAUUCGAUAAGGUUGACCUUUUUGGACCAGAUUACGUUGAAUUAAAUUCCAGCAGACGCUACUGCUACUACAGAGAUCAGAGGUACCCUCCGGAUCAUGUAAAUAAGUACCAGUAUACACUCGAAUAUUGGAUUCUUACAUAUUGGAAGUUGGUCGGGAUAUUCCUGUUUGAAAUGUUAGUGUUGGUGAUACUGAUAAUUAUGCACUGUGGGAGGCAUUACGAGCCGGUGAAAGGGAGCGACCUACACAUCAAUUAUAGAUUCAUGGAGAUGCAAGCGACUAAAUACAAACGAAGGCCGAAAAAGCUCUUUACUGUUACACCCUUUGAGUAA